AUGGCCUCAAACGAGCGCGUUCGUGUCCGAGGCGUCAGCAUACACAGACCCAUAAUCUAUGGGAACACUGCGGUGGUCUUGACUCAAAAGGAACGGGAGGAAUCCGCCCAUCGUGACCAUACUCACCGAUGGACCGUCGCUGUGCGUAGCGCCGCGUCUGCGCCGGACUCUGAUAUCGUCGGGGGUGCGGACGACCUCAGCUACUUCAUCAAACGGGUGACAUUCAAACUGCAUGACACAUAUCCGAACCCGACAAGGAGUGUCGAAAAAGCUCCCUUUGAGAUCACAGAGACAGGAUGGGGAGAGUUCGAAAUCCAGAUUCGCAUCACCUUCGUUCCCGAGUCCGGCGAGAAGGCCGUCAUGACUUACCAUCAUCUCAAGCUACACCCAUGGACCGCCAUCGGCAGUGGAGAGCCCGAGAUCCCGCCUCUUGAAGCUGCCAUGAAGAUGGGGCCCGUGCACUCCUGGCAGUACGACGAGAUCGUCUUUAACGACCCCUUCCAGUCCUUCCUCAACAUCCUCACCGCACACCCACCCACCCCUCUCCCGAGAUACACGCGCCGUCCCGUACCGUUCCACACCGCACACCCUGCGUCGCUGGAGGCGUCCAAGGGCGGCGUGCCCGAGUUUACGCAGCAGAUGGAGCGCGAGGAAGCGGAGCGGCUCGAGGAGGCGCGGAAGAAGGUCGUGGCAGAGACGAACAGGUGGAGGGAUAGGUUGAUUGAGAAGGAGCGGGAGCUCGAGCGAUUGCAGAGGCAGCUGCAGGCUGCCGGCUGA